AUGGAGAACGCUCAGCUGUUUGAUGCUGGAGACAAGGGUCGAGGCUUGAGGGCCACUAAGGAGCUCAGUGCUGGAGAUGUGGUGUUUGCAGAACCUGGGUAUGCUGCUGUAGUCUAUAACAGCAUGGCCGCCAACGUGUGCCACAACUGCUUUCGGCGCCAGUCAAAGCUUCACCGUUGUGCCCAGUGCAGAUUUGCCCACUACUGUGACCGCACCUGUCAAACUGCAUGCUGGGAAGAACACAAGCUGGAGUGUGCAGCCAUCAGAAAGAUAGUCAUGGCACCAAAUGAGCAAGUCCGUCUAGCCGGACGUGUUAUGUGGCGCAUCCACAAAGACACGCCGAUCGCCACAGACACGCAGCUGGUGGCGGUGGACAAACUGGAGGACCAUGUGGCCGAUCUGGGAGAACAGCUCAAGGCCGACGUGAGCAGCUUCUUUAAAUACUGGUCCUACUUCAGCAAGCAGCACUCUGCAGAAUACAUCGCCCACAUCCUCGCCAUUAUUAAGUGCAAUGGUUUUGCACUCAGCGACCAACGAGGUCAGCAGACGGUUGGUGUGGGCCUCUUCCCAAACCUGUGUCUUGUCAACCACGACUGCUGGCCAAACUGCACUGUGAUUCUCAACAAUGGCAACCAGUCAGCGCUUAACUCUGCUCUCCACUCCAAGAGAAGGAUUGAACUUCGAGCACUGGGUACAAUCUCUGAAGGACAAGAGUUGACUGUCAGUUAUGUGGACUUCCUGAACUUGUCCGCUGAUCGCCAAAAGAAGCUGAAGGACGUGCACUUCUUUGAUUGCACCUGUGAGCACUGCACACAGCACAUUAAAGAUGACCUUAUGACUGCAGCUGCAGAAGUGAAGCCCUCAGCUGAUAAGGUCAAAGAAGUCAGUGUUCUCAGUAAAGAAAACCUGGAAAAGAUUGUCGUAGCCCGUAAUCAGGGAAACUUCCAUGAGGUGGCCCAGUUGUGCAGCGAGACACUGGAGAAGCAGGAGAACGUGUUGGCCAACACAAACCUGUUGAAGCUGCGGGCGCUCAGCAUGGCGAGUGAGGCCUUAUCUUACCUGCGCGUCUACUCUGAGGCUGCAAACUAUGCACGCAUGCUAGUCGAGGGCUACUCACAGUUAUACCAUCCCAACAGUGCUCCGCUCGGGUUGGCCAUCAUGAAGGCAGGUGUGACCCACUGGCACGCAGGCCAGAUUGAGCAGGGCCAUAGUUUCAUCUGUAAAGCCUAUUCCAUCCUCAUGAUCACUCAUGGGCCGAACCACGCAGUCACCAGAGACUUGGAGACAAUGCGUGCGCAAACAGAGAUUGAGUUGAAGAUGUUUAAGCAAAAAGAGAACGAGUUCCACACAAUGAGGCAAGAAGUGCUGAAAGACGACAGCAAAGCUGACAAAAUGAUUUAA